GGGGUCAAUUCACAAAGAUAAACGUUAUCGCUUUCACCUAGUAGAUAAAUUACCGCCCCUUAUCUAACGCUAGUAACCAUGGUAUUCACGAAAGCUUCAAUCGUUAUUUAAUGUAGUCGUUAUGGUUGUCAACUGACUCGUUAUCCAAUCGUUAUGGUUACGUUUCUAACGUAAAUCUCAUUUAGAAGAACGGUAUUCUAACGAAUCAAUCGUUAAUUUAAUGUCCCAAAGCGUAAUAAUAACGUCUACGCUCGUUAAUUAACGCCGGAGAGAUGCAUUCUGGGAGCAGAAGAGGAGGAGAAUAGUUCAUCCUAACCACGUGUUUCCUCUGUAAUUGCGUCCUUUGACCCGGAUCUGGAAAAGUAAAUAAAAGAAAACACAACUGGAGCUCGAGCGCGUGGUGUGGGUGGAAAAAACAGCAGCAGCAGCAGCAGCAGAAAACAUGAGGCCGAGUCUAAGAUCGCUGUUUGAGCAAAUUGUUAAUUCGCCCAUCGAACAGUCAGAAGAACAUUCAAGCUCCAAUGAGGAAAAUGACAAUAAUGGAUCUGUCAAGUCAGUGGGUCAUGUACCCGGAAAUCUAGCUGCUAUGGUGCGCACCCAAAAAAAAAAUAUGACGGUAGAUACUAAAGAUAAAUCACAGACAUCAUCGAAGCCUAAGAAACCUGAUUCCAAGGCACAGACCACUCCUCCUGGGAAUAUUAACUCACUUAAAAAACGAAAUAAAAGAAAAAAUUCAGAAAAGGAACGCAAAAAGGAGACACCGUCACCCAAGGAUGUGGGUCCAUCCAAAUUUACGGAAACAUUUGGGGAAUGUAUUAAGAUCAAAACUGCGUAUGAUACCGCACAAAAAUCAACAUCAGAAUCACAACAAAGACACAAAUCAACAAAAUCGACGCAUGAAGAUUACAAGCAAUCCAAAACAUACCCAAAAGCUAAGCACCAAAAGCAGCAGCCUGAGUUUGGUAAGAGCAAUUUCCACCAUCAAGACAAAUCUGAAUGUAGAGUUAGUAAAGCAAGCAAGUCCCAUCCAGAACCUAGACCACCCAUGGAAUCAUCUCAGCAAUCACUAUUCUCUACUGAAGUGCCAAAAAAGAUCUCCAAGCCAGCAAGGUCAGAUGUCAUCAUGUCAUCUAAUCCUGCCUCGCCAGUGUUAAUAGACGGAGAUGAAUUUUCGACAGAGAGUGAAUCUGAGAAUCCAGCAGUUCGUCCAGGCAAAAAAAUCCUUAAGGAAAAAAAGCGAAUCCGAAAUCGAAAAUUCACAUUCCAUGAAAACCUAGUCUUAAUUGAGAACCUUGUUCCACAUUUUCACAAGCUCCUUGGAAACAGAGCAGCUGCUACGGAGUCAGCAUGGAAAAACACAAUCUGGAAGCAAAUUGCAGAUGCAGUUACGAGUGUGGGUGUCUCUCCACGAUCAGCAGAUAACGUACGUAAGCGGUACCAGGACAUUCGGCUUCUACUAAGGCGCAAGAUUUCGGAUGAAAACAAGAGCAGAAAAGCAACAGGGGGUGGCCCUGAGAAGAAAAUAGUUUACCACCAGUAUGAAGAGUUACUGCGUCCAUACAUAGAUCUAGAUUCCAUUGUUGGCAUCAAGGCUGGUUUUGAUACCUCGAGGCACCAUGAAAACGAGCAACAUAAUGCAGCUCAACACACCUAUCGCCAGCAGAAGCUCUCCUUUAUGGCCAAACUAACUGAACUCUUAGAAGCACAUCUGCCAUCUCCUGGUGAGCAAUCUCAUAAUGCUCGGAAUCUAACCAGCAGCAACCACAGCAGUUUUGUUUGUGAAAGUAUUAUCGAAAAUGAUGCUAUUGAUAAUUUUACUAUUCAGGAUAUUUAAAUGUUAUAAGAAGUACAAUUUUUUUUUUUUAAUACAUUUCACAUAAUUCACAACUGAGUUUGAAUUUAAAGAGCUUGCAAACAUUUGUUCUUUAAAUUUUUACUCAGCACGCAACAUUGUUAAGUCAUAUAUUGCCCAAAGUUGACUGCUAUAUAGAUGCUUUUUCCAGUUAAAUAUGUCAUUUGACCAUGUCGUUGCAGAUCUGUACCAAAUAUGUGUAAUCAACAUGACGUUUGUAUUUGAGUUUUAGAUGUUUCAAUGGCCAUCAUUGAUCAAGCUGGUUGGAUGACCAAUGAAACGUCUUUAGACAGUUAUGUAGCUUUGAUUUUAUUUUCAAUAGAUAUACAAUUAAUGUUAUAUGGGAUUUUUUCUAUGACAUUAUAGCCUCUGAAAACAUU